AUGCCUCAGGGUGCCUUCACGGGUAAUGCACUACCACCACAAGAAGAUGUGGAGCCAGAGUAUCCUCCCUUGCUGCAGCAAGUGCGCAACAACAUGGUCAAGUUCAGCCAUUGUGUUGUACUCACACGAGUUGGCGGCUUCUACGAGCUAUACUUUGACCACGCAGACGAGUUUGCCCCGCUUCUGAAUCUCAAGAAGACCAAGAGGAAGGCUCUCAGGGGCAGCAAGAAGCCACCAGUCUCCAUGGCUGGCUUCCCUGCUUACCAACUAGACCGCUACCUGAAAAUACUUGUCCAGGACCAAAGUAAACAUGUCGCCAUCAGUGAUGAGUUUCUCAACGAUGCGCCUACGAAAGCACGAGGCGAGCCUCAAUAUACCAGACGUGUGACUCGUAUCGUCACGCCUGGUACACUCAUUGACGAGCACUUCAUGGACCCUUGGGAGAAUAACUAUCUUCUUAGCAUCCAUGUAAACCCCGACGUUCUCGAGAAGGACAAGGCCGUGAAGAAUAGUCCUGGGAGUCCCAGUGUAUCCUCUGUUCUUAACUUGCCCCGAACGGAAGUUGGGCUUGCGUGGAUCGACUUAUCCAGCGGCGAUUUCUUGACGCAGAGUACUGAUAUUGCCUCCUUACCCUCAGCCGUGGCUCGUAUCAAGCCUAGAGAAAUCGUAUUAGACAGCAUCUUCGAGGAGCGGGACUACUCUCGCAUUGUAUCCAUACUCCAGGAAGACGGUCAUGUGAUUACGUUUCAAGAGCCUUCCGAGACACCCUCUACCGUGAAAGACUGGGCACCUAUGUUGGAAGACUUGGUCCAAGAUUUCGACACCACGGAUUUCGCUCCGAGUGAAGUCGCAGCCGGCGGCUCUCUCUUACACUAUGUCAAUCACCAACUUCUUGGCUCAAGGACCCGUUUACGGGCCCCAGUAAGACAUCAUGCAGGAGAACACAUGCACAUCGACAAAAACAGCUUGCGAGCUCUGGAGAUUCGCAACACUAUUCGAGAUGGUACCUACGAAGGGAGCUUGCUUCACUCUCUGAAAAUGACAGUGACUAAGAGCGGGACCAGGCUACUCACGGAGCGCUUGUCGGCACCCUCCAUGUCAUUAUCCACAAUCAAUGACAGGCUCGAUUUAGUCGAAGAAAUGAUCCAGUAUCCACAACUACGGCAGGAUGUCGUCACCCUGCUCGAGCAAACAUUUGAUUCUCUUCGUUUAGUGACAAAAUUCGCAUACGGUCGCGGCGAUGCAGAUGAUCUGAUGGAACUUUCGAAGACCAUUCUCACGACAUCCCACAUCUGUAACAUCUUACGCGAACAUGCAGCGUUGAGGGCGGCCAUUCCCGAAAAUCCUGCAGUAAAUGCAUCCGAGGCCCAAAGGCGAACCUGUAUCCAAUCUAUGGCACGGAGAAUUGAUGUGACACAGUCGCUCGAGCUUGCUAAACGCAUUCAAAAUGCUAUUGAUGAGGAAGGACUAUCCGAGUAUCAUCGCAUCGAGGAUGAAGAAGCAAGCGAAAUGUCAAAUUUAGCCCAAGAUGUCCUAGGACGCGAAGCUGGGGAAGAGGACCUUAAGGACAUGCCGAAACGAAUUCAGCCAAAGCCGCAUAUGAUUGUUGGAAGCUUCAAGAGUGCGACUGAUGGAAGAGAGGAUGUGCACAUCAUGAAAAGAAACGCGAGUCCUACCCUAGAACGCCUGCAUAGUACAUUAGAGUCUAUGAACGAAACAAAGCAAAAGCUAGAGAGCGAUCUUCGACAAAGUCUGGGAACUGACAGCCUGGUCUUGAAGUGGACGCCGAAUCUUGCGCAUAUUGCGCAUGUAAAGGGCAAGGAUGCGUCUCGUGUUACGGCCAACUACCCAAAGAGCUUGAGCAGUAGCAAAUCUACGCGGUCAUUCCAAAUACCAGAAUGGACUCAACUAGGAGCGCAGAUGGAUGAGACAAGAUAUCGCAUUCGAAGUGAGGAACAGCGCGUGCUAGGAGAGCUGCGCCAGGAUGUCAUUCGAUGUCUUGUGACCCUGCGCCGGAACGCUGCUGUUCUCGACGAACUCGACGUGGCAUGUGCCUUUGCACUGCUGGCGAUGGAAAAGUCCCUUGUUCGACCGAUUUUAACCUCUGAGCCUAAGCAUAACAUUGUAGGUGGUCGUCAUUCCGUUGUGGAGAAUGGACUAGUUGAACAAGGACGCAAGUUUGCACCUAACGAUUGUCAACUCGACGACAAGGAGCGCAUAUGGCUCAUCACAGGACCAAAUAUGGCUGGAAAAAGCACGUAUCUCCGGCAAAAUGCGCUGAUUUCUAUUCUGGCACAAACAGGAUCAUUUGUGCCCGCUGAGUAUGCAGAGAUCGGACUGGUAGACAAGAUAUUCAGUCGUGUUGGUUCAGCAGAUAACCUAUACCAAGACCAGUCUACAUUCAUGGUCGAAAUGCUGGAGACUGCCCAGAUCCUCAAGGAAGCGACCCCCCGCUCCUUCGUGAUUAUGGACGAGGUAGGACGGGGAACGACACCUGAAGACGGCAUCGCUGUGAGCUACGCCUGCCUCCAUCAUCUCUACCAUGUGAAUCAAUGCCGGACACUGUUCGCAACGCACUUCCAUGCACUCGCCGACAUGACAAAUGAUUUUGAACAACUAGGAUGCUAUUGUAACGAUGUUCUUGAAGAGCCAGACGGGAAAUUUUCGUAUGUGCAUCGGUUGCGAAGGGGCGUCAAUCGGGAAAGUCAUGCCCUGAAGGUUGCGAGAGUUGCCGGCCUUCCCGAACAAGCGAUUGCUACUGCUGCGACUGUUCUCAAGCGGCUCAAACCUUCUGUUUCACCGAAUAAGGCGAAGUUGGAAGGGUUUGCAGCGGAAGAAGAGAUAGAGAGGCACGACUUUCUCAGGGCUAGGUUUUGCGAAUUUGCAUUACGUCGCCAUCCCGUCCAUUUCGAGGCCGCAGAGGAAGGAGGCGUACACGGAUCGACCACCCUAGUCGAAAGACACUCUUCGUUUCCACUUUCGUUAGGGCACUUUGUGCAAAGUCUCAUGGAACUUUCCUGGAUUCUCGUCACCGGGAAGGCCAUUAUUCGAAAGCUCUUCACACCCUUGAGAAUUGCGGAAAAAACGGCCUGGUUUUUCUGGGGGCUUGCGGUUUCCAACUUCGUCAUUAGAAGGGUUCAGGAUCAGGUCAUGUCCUCCGUUUGGAUUCCUUGGAUCGUGGCAAUCGGAAGAUCUGUCUGGAUCGAACUCAGGAAGCGUUCGACAACCAAUGCUUGCCUAGUCUGGAUCCUAGCCAUAGGACAAUUGCCCUUAGAAAUGCUCAACAUUUUCGUGGCCUUGUGCUUGUGUAUACCUCGACCGCUGUAUAUGCUUAUUAAAUCAAUUAUCAAUUCAAUCCGAACAAAACGAAAGACCACCCCAGAUGCAUCCUCGGUUCCCUCCACCCCGAAUCUAACACAAGGUCCUGUGGGCAACAAUACCUUGUCCACUAGCCGUGAUGAUUUAACACCCGAGAUGCUUCAUCCUGAUCCCGAGGGCCGCAUGCGGGAGCAGUAUAUGCAAGCCUUGAUUGACCAGCGCCCUACAGGAAUGGACCAUACCGAGGAGCCACUUCAUUAUGAGCCUGACUCUGGAACUGAAUCUGAAUUCACUUCCGCUCCGUCUUCUCCCCGUUGGGAGAACAGCAUGCCAGAACAAGCACCGGCCGCCUGA